AGCAACCGUUUUGCAUUUCAUCAACGACCACUCAUCAACUACUCCUGCAUCCUCUCUUCGUUAUUUAUCUGUUCCUCUAUUUUCCUCUACCGCCUCUCUUCAUCUAAUACCAUACACUUUCUCAUCGAGGCGAUGUUCAAACCGCAGCCAGUAAACAUUCAGUCCUCAACAGAUCCCGAGCAGCACCAACAGGAACCGCCUGGACACCCUGUCCCACCCUCGGAGUUCGUUUACCAACUUAUCCUCGAACAAUUCUGGGGAGAUGGUGUUUCCAAACGCGAGAUCCGGUCUGUCUAUACAGUCGCCAGCGAUGCCAACGCCGCCUGCCAAGACUACUUACUCAGGACCUGGCCACGGGAUCAGUUCUCAUUCUACGAGAUCAGUGCCUCGCCACAACGACCGGAGCUCUCGAAAGUCUCAGCGUUGAUCAACGGAGACCGAUUUCAUGUCUGGAUCGAGCAACACUCAUGGGAGGGUACCCUCGACUUUUCCUCGACGGCGAUCGCGAAACGGGCAGGCAAGGGUCCAAACGCCUAUAUUCUUCAACGGACCAUUAAGGAUGCCUCGGGUGGAAAGCGACGGUCGACUACGCGACGGAUCUUUGCAACACGCCAAUUGGCCAAGCAGGCAUUGGCCCAGGACGAACCGCCUUCGGAGUGGUCCUCGAACCAGGGCUAUGUGCUUGAGCCAGGCGGGGAAUAUGCACACGCGCUCUCACCCUCAGGAAAGACUGCCUGGUUAUUUAUUGAGGUCAGGCCCUUGUACAUGAGCUACACGCGACUGGAACAGGAACUGCAGGAGGUAACAGCAGGAGACGGGACCUCAGUGUUGAACCCCAUCAGUCUCGACAAUGGCGACGACAGCGUAUCGUCGGUACCUGCCUCGCCAACAUCGCUUUCACACCCGGCUCAUCACUUGACCCAUCAUCCUCGAUCCUCUCUCGACAAUCCAUUCUCGCCCAUGCCGUCCAAUCCAGAUGAAGCGGGUGCGUUUGUGUACCUGGUUCUACAGCUCAAGACCAUUCCUUAUACGCCACCCAUCCUGACGGUCGAGGCAGUUGCAUACGAGAUCGAGGUCGCCAAUCGGUUCGGGAUUGGUCUGCUGGAAGGGUUCGGUGGACCAGGAGCUAUGUCGGCAAUUUUCAGAGAGGACGGGUGUCUUCAGGGCAGCGUGACGCAACGCACGUGUGAUGAAGGGCUGACAGUCUGGGUUGAAAAGCGAGCGGUAGUGUUAGGAGACGAGGCGAUGGAUUCAGAUUUGAUGUCUGAGCAUGGAUCAGUGCAAUUGAACAGGGCAUAUCAGGAUUCAGAACGGAGUCCUCACCUUGGUUAUUCGACUUCUAGUUCUGGUGGUGGUGGCGGUGGUGGUGGACAGAAACGGGAAGAGCCAGCGGACGGGUUUGAUUCUACAGAACGACCUGCCGAUGCGCAUUCACAGGGCCAUUCAUCAUCAAAAUUGGUUCGUGUAUCACGUCCAGAUAGCGAACUGUUGACGGAAACGAAGCGAGUUGUCGAUUCAGGAGCGCGAUAUACGGUUGUGUCUGUCUCUCAACCCUUAGAACACACUGCUGUCCAGGCGUCUGGUUCGUCGUCGGCUCGUGUCAUUGUGGAUUCUUCAGAGGACCUUGCGGCAGCGAUUGUGCGUGCUCGGGUGGAGUUUUAUUCGUCAUUGGCAGGACUAGAUAUCGCGACGGUGGAUAUCAGGGACGAGCUUGAAGGAGAGAGCAAGGAGAGGGUCAUCCGAGCGUGUUCUCGAUCCAAUCCGUCAUUGGUCCUGCAAGAGACCCGAGUCGAGGAUCGUCACGGACAAGGCGACGCGAGAGCAUGAUUGGAGUGACCCUGGUCAGAGAGAACAAGAAGCUUGUUUGUCCUUUCCUAGAAGGGGAUGGUCUGCAGAGAUAUAUAAAAAUAAAAAAAUAAACGGACAAGUAAACAGCG